ACGCGGGCUUGCGUACGCUACCAGUCUCGCAUCAGGGGCCACGCUAUGAUGAAUGCCCUUACUGUGUUGCUGCUGUUUCUAGCAGCCGCGUAUGCGGUGCCAGUGCACUUUCCCGCUGAGAAAACGAUAAUCUACGAUUACUAUGCCGACGCGAGAGCCGGGAUAAUCGAGCCAGCACAAUACGUCUCUCAGUUCGCUCUCUCCGGGCAGCUUCACAUAAAGAAGGACAUCAGCGAUCCAUCUUUGAGCAAUGCUUACUACGUCAAAUUGAACAACAUAAAGUAUGGCCUGUACAAUGGCAUGGUGAUAGAUCACCAACCGAUCGAAGUGAUUCACGAACUCGGGGAAGAUGCCCAGCAGAUCCAAGACCCCUUCGUGAUCGUCUAUGACGAGUAUGGCAAGUUCCAAGGCAUCAAGGUACCGGAGACUGAGAACGUUUGGUCGAAGAACAUCAAGCAGGGUAUCGCCUCGAUGCUGCAGUUGGACUUGGCCCACAUCCAGCUGCACAGCCCAAUGACGUCGCAUAGCUUCGUCACGCAAGAGAACACCAUCCACGGUAAUUGUCAAGUCGCCUACAACGUUCAACCGAGGAACCCGACGGACCCGGAAACGACCAACGUCUUCGUGGUUACGAAGUUUCACGAGUUGAGGAACUGCAGCCACUUUACUCAGCGUGUCUUCGAUCAUGUCGAGUGCGAAAAAUGUCACGUCGAGUCUUCGGACGAUAUGACCACCGCCGCCAGGAGAGUCUUCCAGAUCGAACAGCAGGGCGGUGAUAUUCUCAUCAGACACUUGGUCGCGCACUCGACUGUCAAUCAUUUGCCUUACAACGCCCAAUCCGAGGCUCACUAUUUGAUGACCAACACUACUUUGAGCCUGCAUUCCGUCGUACCAGUGGCGGAGACUCCUGCAUCAGUCGUGAACUUCCAGAACGUCCCUAUCAUUCGUGAUGUCACCUUUAAUAAGCCCGUGGGCAAUUACGCUCUCCAUGCCGCCGAGGAUCUCACUCACGGCCGACAUAUCGUCAAGCUGGACGCGCUUAUUCCUAAACUGAAGAAAAUGUUAACCGAAGCGGCCGACUACAUCGAGGAGAAUCACUUGGAGGCAAAAGAACCGGAGUGGAAACACGGGCAAACCAUCAAUAGGCUGCAACAUACCAUGAGCUACAUGGACCUGGGCUCGUUGGAACAAGUCUACAACACUAUUCAAGACCCGAAGACACCAAAGGAAGUCACGAUAAAGAAUAUUUUCCUGAAAAUGGUCCCAACCGUGGGCACAAGUGCUGCCUGCCACUUCACGCGAAACGUCAUCCGCAAGCACAAAGUGACUGAUGGGACUGCUAUAUCGAUGUUAAUAAAAUUACCAAUGCACGUCAAAGUUCCGUCCGAGCGAUUGCUCCUGGAGAUGGAGGAACUGCUGAAAUUGGACAACACCGUCUCACCGCAAGUCAGGAAGAGCAGCAUCCUCUGCUUCUCCAUUUUGAUUCGCAAGACAUUCAUGCACUAUCAAGGCGAACCCGUCAAUUCUCUUCUUCAGCGAUACAUUAAUCGUUUCGUCGAUCAUAUUAUGAAUGAGCAAACGUACGAGAUGAAGAUGGUGUAUCUGAUGGCGAUGAAGAACGUUCAAGUGGGCAACAUCGAGAAGUUCCUCGAGCCAAUCAUCCGCAAUCCGUACUCGGUGUCCGACAAGCCGCAUCAUAUCCGCGUUCAGGCAAUCUGGGCCAUCAAGAAGGCAGUUGCCGAUAAAACCGAAUACACUCACGACCUGCUCUGGCCCAUCUUCACGGACGUCAAACAACCGCUGUCCGUCAGGAUUGCCGCCUACGACGUCCUGAUGAGCCAGAUGCCGAACAUGAGACGACUCAUGAACAUCUACUGGUUCAUGGUUUACGAACAGAAUAAUCACUUGUACAAUUAUCAUCUCACUACCCUGCAAGGUCUCGCCAAUUCCGUAGACCCUUGCCUCACGCCGGUUCGUGAUAUGGCCAGAAAGGUCGUGCGCUACACAAAAAUCAGGCCGGUUACCACUGCGCUCUCCUACAAGCACUUCAUGGACUACACCGAUCCAAUGUACGAGCACGGUGAAUCCUGGAACACCGCCUGGGUUCUCGACGAGACGACCGGUCUGCCGCAUGCUGGUUACGUUGAGCAUCGCGUGUCCUGGGCGCGUAGACCCGUCGACAAAGUUGGAAUCUACUGGAGUGCUUACAAUCUACACGAAGUCAUGAAGAUAGUCAAGAAGGAAUUGAUGGACACCAAGAUCGAGAAUAUCAGCAACAAGAACAUUCAGAACAUCUUGGUCAACGCCGCGCAGGACAUGCCGGAAAAGAAACCCAUUCACGUCGAUAUCUGCAUCACGAUGAACGGCCAGGUGAUCUUCGCCAGCCACUAUAACCAGGAUAGCUUCAAGAACAUGAUCGCGGACGUGCAUAAGCUUCGACAGACUGUGUCCGGCAACUUCCAGGACGUCAUGUAUGACACCUUCUACGAGAUGCAGAUGCCCACCGACAUGGGCGUGCAAGGGAUCCUUAGCACGAAAUUGCCGUACCUGUUGUCGUUCAAGUUCAACAACGUGCAGACCGAGGUGAAGAAACCAUCGGUGAACGUAAAGGUCGAGACUGACACCCGUAUGUGGAGACACGGCGAAUACAUGUUGUCGAUGUACAAUCCAGUCGCUGACGUAUGGCACUCGAUCCGCCGAGCCAUCGUCCAGGACGUCGCUUCACCCGUGGUGAUGAACUUCAACUACAAUCACGAGGCGAAGAACGUGAAAAUUACCUACCCGAGAUUACCAGUCACCAAGAUGUCGCACGUUGGCAUACGAAAUCACGCAAAGAACCUGGUGACCAUCACCGAAGACGAGCAGGAUGUGCUCAAGACCUGCUGCGCGACCUGCCAACAUCAGACGGUUGUCACUACCGGCAACAAGAAGAAUUAUCACGUCGCCAUGGAUUCUAAGGACCUGGGUCUCAGGUACAGCGCGUCGAUCUUCGAUUGCGAGAACAAAGUCACCCCGGUGAGCGACCUCCAGGAAUGGCACCGCGCGAUGUCCUCUGAACACAAGAACACUGGGGACUCAAAACUCAUGCAAUACAUGAUGGGUAUCCGCCAGAAAAUGACGAACGUCUACCUCUCGCCGGAGAUGGGCAACUGCGGAAUGCUCUGGAAGACAGAACCCAGCAUCGUUUAUCCUACGUCGCACGUUGAUGUGAACCUGCGAAUGAACGUAGAAAAUGUCGACCACCUUCACGAGAAGAUGCACUCUUUCAACAGCAAGAAGAUCAACAUUCGCGGUACCCUCGAUGCCAAGGCAGCCUCCACGAACGAAUCCGUCCGCUCGUGGGAUGUGAACGUGAACAUCAACAUGUCUCAGGGACACGUACUCAACAACAUGAAGGUCCAGAUGAAGAGAGUAACACCAGGAGAGAAGAACUUGAAGAUCUGCGUAGAUGCGCAGAAGAGCUAUCCGGUCAUGGAUGAGGAUCCGUUGAAGAUUGACACCAACAAGGAGGAGACCAAUGCUAAGGUAACCGUCACUGCAGGAUUUACGGACGAUGACAAGUGCGUCCGCGACGAGAUGGUGAUCGCGAUGACCAUCAAGAGUGAGAUGACGGAAGAGCAGAAGAAGCAAAUGGUGCACGACAGCGUGCAUGGCGAUUGCGUCAAGGAUAUUCAGAACCCGCAAUUCCAGACUAGGCAGGGCUACGUUCCCAAAACUAUGAACUGCAUCCACGAAGUUCUCAAAUACACGACCAUGAAGAAGUACACCAUUAAUGCAUCGUACAAGAAGGUGCCCGUACCAGUAGUGUCGUUGCUUCAGUCGAUUGACGAUUCCAUCCGCGCUACAUACUUGCCACACGUGAAGUACAUUUGGGACCGCGCCGAGAAUGGCAACAUGAAGAUAAUGCUCGAGGUCUCUACCGAUCUGAACCACCUUAAUGCAACUGUUGUCACCCCGGUCAGCGGAUACGAAUAUGUUCAAGUGCCAUUGCACCAGGGGAAGGUCUUCCGGGGGAUAAUUAUGGAUCAAACGAUAUCGCACCCGUGGAUGGCAGAGUGGCAUACCGCUCUGGUUAACACUCAUUUCACCAUGAACGCCUUGCGUAAGAUGACUCAAGGCUUGUCCAAAAUUUGCACAAUCUAUCCGGAAGUCGCAAUCACCACGGACAAUGGCGUGAUCCAAUUCCCGGUACCCGAUGAAUGGACCCUUGUAUCCGGCGACCACAUUGAUCAGUCGUAUGCUGUUUUCGUCAAAUCCACGCAGAACGACAAGCUGGCCAUAAAGAUGUACGUCGCCGGUCACGAGAUGGAAGUCAUGCCGACCGAAUCGAGUGCCACGGUCACCGUCGAUGGUAACGUCGUCGACCAGCACGAGAAGGGAGUUAUGGUGCCGAAGGGCGAGCCAGAAACUUACGCGAUCAAACUCACCGAGAACGUCGGGCAUCUCAUCGUCCAGUCGCAACGCGUGCCGAUGAUGAUGAUGUGGACCCCCAACAGCGUGACCAUGAUGCUGGACACGACUUUGCAGGGUCACGUAACCGGCAUAUGCGGACACAUGGAUGGCACGCACAAAGAGAAACUCCCCAAGAUUUACACCGCGCACGUUUAACAAUUCGUAAUAUAAUUCCUCCGAAUUUAGCUUGAGUAAAUUUUAAGCUAUCGUUUAAUUCGUUCUUUUUAGAAGUAAGUUCAGACAGAAUUAAGAUUUAAGAUUCUAGACCGAUGUAAAUUUAGACGACGAUUCUUGUUCGAAGUGAAGGCGGUACACGUGUAGAAAAGCAGAAAGAGAAUUGCAGCGCACAAUAAACUUUUAUUUUCCACU